UAUUAUUAUUAUUAUUAGUAUCCAUAAAAAAGAAAGGGAAGCUACGAACACUACCACUGCACUAAAUUAUCAAAUGAGAACAACUAUGUACUAGCCAAUUUGGUGAUCAAAAACAGAAAAAGAAAAGGAAGAUGUUACACGAGCUGUUACUCUCACUCUUAGGCUACACUGGAGAUCUCAUUAUCGAUGAGAGAGAACACCAGAACUCUCUCGGCAUUCCCGUCUCCGACGAACACCGCUCUUUCAAGCUCGCUCCUGAUAUCUCCUUCAUCCAACCCAGCGACAGGGAUCUUAUUGAGAGGAUAAUCAGUCUAGGGUUUUAUUAUAGAGAGCUUGAUCGAUUUGCGACAAAGUCUCGGAAUCUGAGUUGGAUUAGGUCUGCAAAUCCUAAUAAUGAAUUGUCGAACAAGAAUGUACAGGACAAACAGAGUGUUUAUCGCAGAGCUAUUGCUAAUGGCAUUGUUGAGAUUCUUUCAGUUUACAGAUCUGCUGUUCUCCACAUUGAACAGAAGUUACUGUCAGAGAGCAUUCCUAUUUUGGCUACUAUCACACAAGGUCUUAACAAGUUUUUUGUUCUCUUGCCGCCACUUUAUGAGCUUGUUCUUGAGAUUGAGCGCGAUGAUAUUCGCGGAGGACAACUUCUAAACCUUUUGCACAAAAGAUGUCACUGUGGGGUUCCUGAAUUGCAAUCAUGCAUUCAAAGGCUUCUUUGGCAUGGGCAUCAGGUCAUGUAUAAUCAACUUGCUUCCUGGGUGGUUUAUGGGAUUCUUCAGGAUCAGCAUGGUGAAUUUUUCAUCAGAAGGCAGGAAGAUAGGGAUGUGGAGCAUGGCUCAUCUAAUCAAGACAUGUCAGAAAAAUUGGCUCGCUUGUCAACUGAUGAUGCAUCUUUAACAGAUUGGCACUUGGGAUUUCAUAUUUUUUUGGAUAUGCUGCCUGAGUAUGUCCAUAUGCGUGUUGCUGAAUCAAUUCUUUUUGCUGGAAAAGCCAUCAGGGUUCUCCGGAAUCCAAGCCCAGCAUUUCAGUUUAAGGAUCCUGUAUAUAAUCAGCAGAUACCAAAAGGUGCUCAAAAAAAUCAAGUAUCAACAGGACGCUUCCCCUUUCAGAAAGAGUCUUUUGAAGAUACAAACUUGAUUGGAGAAGAAUUACUUCCACAGUCCGAGGCUGACAAGAUUGAAAAUAUGCUUCGAGACCUAAAGGAAUCAUCUGAAUUUCACAAAAGAUCAUUUGAAUGUGCUGUCGACUCUAUUCGUGCUAUCGCAGCUAGUCAUCUUUGGCAGCUUGUGGUUGUGCGUGCUGACUUGAAUGGCCACCUGAAGGCACUUAAAGACUAUUUUCUUUUGGCGAAAGGAGAUUUUUUCCAGUGUUUUCUUGAGGAAAGUCGGCAAAUGAUGCGUUUGCCUCCUCGACAAUCAACUGCUGAAGCUGAUCUCAUGGUCCCAUUCCAGCUGGCUGCUAUAAAGACGAUUGGUGAGGAGGAGAAGUACUUUUCCAGAGUAUCCUUGCGGAUGCCUUCAUUUGGAUCUGCGGUUAAAUCCUCCCAAGUAGAUUUACCCAAGACUGGGAGUACAAGUGCUUCAUUAUCAAAUGCUUCUUCAGAGAUUUCUCUGGAUGGAUGGGAUGGUAUUGCUCUGGAAUACUCUGUUGAUUGGCCCCUACAGUUGUUCUUUACUCAGGAAGUGUUGUCUCAGUACCUAAGGGUCUUUCAGUAUUUGCUACGGCUGAAACGUACGCAAAUGGAAUUGGAGAAAUCAUGGGCUUCUGUGAUGCAUCAAGAUCACACAGAUUUUGCCAAGCGUCGCAAUGACCGUUUGAACUGCUCAGUAUCUCAGCAACGACGCCAACGUUUUAGGCCAAUGUGGCAUGUUAGAGAGCACAUGGCAUUCUUGAUCAGAAAUCUUCAGUUCUAUAUCCAGGUGGAUGUAAUAGAAUCCCAAUGGAAUGUUUUGCAAGCUCAUAUUCGAGAUUCUCAUGACUUUACUGAACUUGUGGGCUUCCAUCAAGAGUAUUUAUCAGCUUUAAUUUCACAAUCGUUUUUGGACAUUGGUUCCGUGUCAAGGAUAUUAGACAGCAUAAUGAAACUUUGCCUGCAAUUCUGCUGGAGCAUUGAAAACCAAGAAAACAAUCCAAAUACAUCUGAACUGGAGCAUUUAACGGAGGAAUUUAACAAGAAAUCAAAUUCGUUAUACACUAUAUUGCGCAGUAGUAGGCUAGCAGGGAGCCAGCGAGCUCCAUUUCUCAGGCGUUUUCUUUUGCGUCUAAACUUUAAUCUGUUCUUUGAGACAACUGCACAAGGUGUACUGAAUAUUGUUAGACCAUCUCCAACACUCCCUGUUUUUAAUCAACAAUAGCAAAAGUUAUUUACGAAGUCAAAUCAGCUCCAUGCAAGUACUGUUGUCAUUUGUGUUGAGGAAGUAUAAUCUCACCCGAGGUUGGCAAUAGACUCUGAAGCAUACUUCCAUUUGAUCAGGCAGUCCUUUUGGUGGCUGUGAUGAGGGUGCCUGUCUCCAUAGCUUGAAGAUUUUUCUAUUAACAACCGUAUUAGGUGGUUCUCUGCAAACUGGCUUGUUCAGGUUGCGGGUUGAUUUUUUGCUUACUCCAUGUUAACUAAAAAGUAACCAUCCCCUGGAAGUGAGACAAAUUUCAGUAGCCAGCAUUGUCCGUUUCACACAGCUUGUUGACCCUGGCGUAGCAUUCCUUGUCAUUUGGUGCUUGUGGUAGGCAGCUCCAUUUAGUGCUUAUACCAACUCAUCAAUUGGUAUUUAAGCUUGUACUUUAUAGAGAUGUGUAUCCAUAAGCUCCAUUGCCAAAGUGAAGUUUCGUUUGUAAAUGUGUGGUUUGCAUCUGUGAAGUGAAUUGUGGGGUUUGUAAGGCAUUGACAUGAAAUAUAUAACGAUUGAAUGGAGGUUUUGAUGCUUGCGGA